AUGGCGCAUCCCCCUCCCGCAACGUGCUGCACUACGACGGUGUUGUCCGCGGAGAAGGGCAGAAAGCAAGAAGUGGGAGGGUCGGGGUUCUGCGAAAUGUUGUGGGCUUGCCCUGAUUGCACCGUCACUGCCGGGUGGAAUCGUCAUUCAGCAGGGCCCCCCGAGGCGCUAAUUUACGGGGAAGCGUUGGGGCCCGCAUUCCCACGCAACAAGGGGCCAGACAUUAAGUGCCUGCCUUAUCCGAUAUCGCGGAAUGGUCAGCAUCAUCGCACGUCUGGCACUGUGAUUUCCCUGUCGGUCUUUGGUCAGAGUACCGAGACGAGGGCUCCAUUUUCUGCCCGAAGCGUCCAAGACGCCGUCUGGGGCACCCAAGACGAAAAGAGAGACGCUGUUACGCUGGAACUGGCACGACUGGCUAGCGCCCCCCAAGGAUUUUUUUUUUUUUUCUCUCUCUACGGUUCCUUCUUGCGCUUCUAG